GCCCCUACCGGCGCCCCGCCCCGUCCGGCGCGGCCUCGCUCUCUGUUCUGCGGGAGCCUGGGACCCCCCCACCCCACGGCCUCGCCAGCUCUUCGGUCCGACUAUGGGCCCUGCCGAUCGCCCCGCGCUGAGGUCGCCACCGUCGCCGCCACCUCCUCCAUCGCCGCCGUCACCGCUGCUGCUGCUGCUCCCCCUGUUGCCUCUGUGGUUGGGCCUGGCGGGGCCCGGGGCCGCGGCGGAUGGCAGCGAGCCGGCGGCCCGGGCGGGGCGGGGCGGAGCCCGCACGGUGCGAGUGGACGUGAAGCUGCCGCGGCAGGACGCCCUGGUUUUGGAGGGCGUCAGGAUCGGCCCUGAAGCGGACCCCGAGCCGCUGCUGGGCGGCCGCCUGCUGCUGAUGGACGUCGUGGAUGCUGAGCAAGAGAUACCUGUAGACGGCUGGAUUGCAGUGGCAUAUGUGGGCAAAGAGCAAGCCGCCCAGUUCCACCAGGAGAAUCGAGGCAGUGGCCGGAAGGCAUGUCCCAAGGCCCUGGUCCAGCAGAUGCGCCGUGCCCUCUUCCUGGGGGCCUCUGCCCUGCUUCUCCUCAUCCUAAACCAUAGUGUGGUCCGAGAGCUGGACAUAUCUCAGCUUCUGCUCAGGCCAGUGAUUGUCCUCCAUUAUUCUUCCAAUGUCACCAAGCUGUUGGAGGCACUUCUGCAGAGGACCCAGGCUACUGCUGAGAUCACCAGUAGAGAGUCCCUGUCAGCCAACAUCGAGUGGAAAUUGACAUUGUGGACCACCUGUGGCCUCUCCAAGGACAGCUACGGAGGCUGGCAGGAUUUGGUGUGCCUGGGAGGUGGUCAGGCUCAGGAGCAGAAGCCCCUGCAGCAGCUCUGGAACGCCAUCUUGCUUGUGGCCAUGCUCUUGUGCACAGGCCUUGUGGUUCAGGCCCAGCGGCAGGCAUCAAGACAGAACCAGCAGGAGCCUGGAGGCCAGGGGGAUUUGUUUAAGCGCCGCGUGGUUCGGAGACUAGCAUCCCUCAAGACCCGGCGCUGCCGGCUGAGCAGGACAGCCCACAGCCUUCCAGAGCCCGGCACUGAGACUUGUGCUGUUUGUCUAGAUAACUUCUGUAACAAGCAGUGGCUCCGGGUACUGCCCUGUAAGCAUGAGUUCCACCGAGACUGCGUGGACCCCUGGCUGAUGCUACAGCAGACCUGCCCACUAUGCAAGUUCAAUGUCCUGGGUGAGCAUCAGGGGCAGGGGAGUCCUGGGCUAGCCGCCAGCCCCACCUGAUCCCUCUCCCUGUUCUUCUUUCUCCCCUACAGGGAACCAUUACUCAGAUGACUAACUGCCCAAGUGGAGUUUCUACACUUUGGGAUGGACCCUUCCCAGCCUACACUACAGGAUAGUAGGUUGGACAGAUCAACUAGCCCUAUGGGCAAAGUCAAGACCCCGCCAUACCCAUGGUGGAUAGGAGGGACUCACAGCCCCAGGCUGAAGCCACAGAGCCAGGACCCAUCAGGCAAGGAGAAAUCAUUAGAGCCCUUCUCUGCAACCUUGGGAUAUCUGUCUGCUCUUAUAGGCAGCUCCCAGAACCCGGAGGGAAAGAAAACAUGGCCACUACAUCUGUCUCCAGCAUUCUGGGGCUUCUGUGAUUGAAUUUUAUGCUAUUUAUUGGGGGAUAGAUUGAGGGAAAGAUGUGUGGCUAUGGGACCCGCUGGCAUGACCCCAGGCUAUAGCUUGGUCAAAUCAAAGGUAUAAUGUUCAAAUGAACCUCCUCCACUACCUGCUGCCUGUCCAGCCGGACGACUCCAGUCUGCCUGGGACCAGAGGCCUUAGAAACCAUCUAGUGCUGUAUUUCUUGGUUGGGCUAAAUGUUACUGACCAGGAUACUUGAAGCCACAGAAUAUAUGUGGUGCAUCUGCCAAGGGCAUCGUUUAAAAAAACAUUUGGGUAGGGAAGUUUUAAUAGAAAAAUAAACAUGGAAUAUAUUUUAACAUAAGACAUAAAA